AUGAAUAAUGCCAUUUUACUAGAUAACCUUCCAACAUCUGAAGUAUUAUAUAUUAGAUUUCUUAAUUUAUUAUCUAGCCUACAAGAAUUAUGUGGUGCAGUAGUGGAUUUUUCUGUAAAUUGGAUAUUAUUGUUAACAGCAAUAUUUCAAUGGAUCUUUCAAUUUAAUAUCUAUAUUAGAUAUAUCAUAAGUAGAUGUUUUAAAGUACUUUCUUAUGUAGCGAAUAUAUUCAGUUACCAACAAAAAUUCUAUUUUAUAACAGUACUUGUUUCAUUAUGGAUAUUCUUUUUUGCAAGCAAGAUCCUAUUUAGACGUGCAAAAUCAGCAAUACAGAAUUUUAGACUGCACGGAUAUAUAAUUAUAAAAUAUAUUGUUUAUAUAUUACUACCAUAUAUUAUAUUUAUAUUUUUAAUAUAUUUCCCAAUGUGUAUAUUAAUACCGAAACAACAUUUUGAGAGGAUCAUUAUUAGGAUUUGGAUACUUUGGUUACCUUUAGCCAAAUCAAUUAUUGCAAUAUAUUCACCGAAUAAUAUUGAUAACUAUCAAAAUAUUAAUAGGAGUGUUGUGGGAAAAAACUUUGUUGUCACACUGUCGUGGAUUCACAAAUGUAUAGCUAAAUCAAUUAAUAAAAUUAGUCAUUUAAAAUAUUGGACAAGUUUAAAAUAUAUUUCACUAUAUCCUUUGCCAUUGUCACUAAAUGAACCUCCUAAUUACCAAAAAGAAUUAAGUAAUUCAACUCAUAUGGUUUGCUGGCUAAAUUAUCUAGUACUAUGGAUUCUUUACUUCUUGAUAAAAAGACUUGUUUUAAAUGAUUUUAUUCAAAACUGUGUUCAACUACUUGUUUUAUAUAUAUUCAAAAUCUAUAUUUUGUUGUGCCUGAGUGUCCCCAAUUGGUUAUCCUUAUGGCUUAUUAAACUGAAUCAUUUAACUUUAAGUAUACAUCCACCCAGGUCAGCAUUUUUAUCAAUGCCAAUUGUUAGUAAAUUAAUCUUAUUCAUCUAUUUUAUCUUAUUAGAAGUACCAAAAGUUAUUUUGCAUAUAUGCUCACUGAUCAUAUUUAAUAUAAAUUGGAAGUACAUUUUACCUUCAAUUUUAGUAUUAAAUAUUUUACUUGAACUAGAAUACGAAGACAAAACAUAUCUGAGGUCAAAUAUCUCUUCUAGUAAUUUAAAAAAAGUUAAAAACAAUAGUGUAGAAGGUAGUGAUGAUAGUGAUAGUGAAUGCAAUUAUGGUAAAUCAGAAUAUGAAGAUGGUGACAAGUCUUUUUACCUCAUUAAUAUGAAUUAUCCAUCAUUAAGUAAUUUAUGUCGCCUAAAAUUAAUCAAAGUUAUUAACUGGUUAUUUAAAGUAUUCACUGGAAUUGAUAUAUUUCCAAAAUUAGAUGAAGAAAUAUUAAAUGAUACAGAAAAUACUAAAUUAUCUAUGUCAUCAAGAAAUUUAUACACUCCGAAAUUACUCCAUAGUAGAACACUACCAGUUUUACCUUGUAAAGAUAGUAGUGAUAUUAAAUCCAUUAUUGAAAGGAACAUUAAAAAUAAAACUAGUAGCAUAGAAAAUUAUAUUAAUAAUACUUUGGUAAUAAAUUGGUUACCUAAAAGUUGGAAUAGUUACUAUAUUAAUGCUUGUAAUCAACUAAUAGAUAAGUCAUAUAGCAUCCAAUCUUUUAUGAUCUACAUAAUCAUAAUAUUUAGCCAAAUUCCACAAUGGAUAAUAUUACUAUUACCUUCAUUCUUUGUUAAUUUGCUUGGCUGUAUAGUUUUUGGUUAUUUGUAUCCAAUUAUCAUGGCACUAAAAAUAAAAAAGCAACAAGUAGAAAAGUUACAAACUUGGUUAUUUUACUUCACAACUUUUUUAAUAUUAAAUGAAGUUAGUGAUUUCAGUAACUACUUCAAUUGUACCCAAACAGUAAAUUAUAUUAUUGAUUUGAUUCCCUUUAAGGUACAUCUACAUUACAUUAUAAUACUUGUACUUCAAUUCCUUUCAUUUUUGCUUCCGGUGUUUUUGAAAUAA